UUGACACCUGAUCUCUGGCAGAAGAAAGAUUUCUUUCUUGAUGUAUCAUUUAAUCCCUUUGAUUGUGGAUGCCAGCUGGAAUGGUUCAGAGUGUGGAUAGAAAACAACAAACAGAGAGCGAUUGGGUACCCAAAAAACUAUAUUUGCAAUUCUCCAUCUGAGUUAAAGGAGAAAAGCCUAUCAAACUUUGAUCCAGUUUCGGAGUGUCACAAAAUAAAUCCGUAUAUCAUUUUAGCCUUUAUUUCCUGUGGACUUUUGUCAGUUCUGAUUUUCACUACAGUUCUUUUGAGAAAAUUUCGCUGGGAUAUCAAAUAUUAUAUAUACAUUUGCAAAAAUAGAAAACCAUCGGGAUACAAAAGGUUUACAAAUGAUGAAGAAUUUUUAUAUGAUGCUUUUAUUGCUUACAACACAAACGACAGAAAAUGGAUCAUGUCGGAACUGGUUCGAAUGCUUGAAAGAAACCACAAAUAUAAACUCUGCCUACACGAAAGAGAUAUCAUUCCAGGGGGAGUUUAUGUAGAGGACAUUCUCGAAAGUAUCGACACGAGCAGGAAGUUAAUGUUGGUUCUCUCCAAUAAUUUUUUGGAUGAUCAGUGGUGUAAGUAUGAAACAGCUCUGGCGAGUCACACCCUGGCAGACGGGGACGGUCAUAAGCUUUUUCUAGUGUUGUUGGAGGAUAUUCACUCCGAGCACAUCAACAGGUCCCUGAAAGUGCUCCUCAAGUCUAUACCUCAUGUCGAGUGGACGGAAAAUAAAACGGGGCAGAGAAUGUUCUGGGAGACAAUCAAGAAAUUCAUGGACAGUAAUUGAAAUGCAACAUACAUGUACU